UCUAGCAGAAUACGUGCUUGAAUGGCUGCCAGGCAACUCACUGGCAAAUAGCGAGAAGCAUGAAAUGGAUACAUGGGAAGAUGAUCAGGGUGAUCAGCGCACUUGCCUUAUCUGUGGAGACCGCGCCACAGGCCUGCACUAUGGCAUCAUUUCCUGCGAGGGCUGCAAGGGCUUCUUCAAGCGCAGCAUCUGCAACAAGCGCGUGUACCGCUGCAGCCGCGACAAGAACUGCGAGAUGUCCCGCAAGCAGCGCAACCGCUGUCAGUACUGCCGGCUGCUCAAGUGUCUGCAGAUGGGCAUGAACCGCAAAGCAAUCAGAGAGGAUGGGAUGCCCGGAGGGAGAAACAAGAGCAUCGGACCCGUCCAGAUUUCGGAUGAGGAAAUCGAGCGGAUCAUGUCGGGACAGGAGUUCAAGGAAGAGGCCAGCCUGCCGGAGCACGCCUGGAGCAAUAAUGGGGACAGCGACCACAGCUCCCCUGGCAACGGCGUCUCCGAGGGCAACCAGCCCUCCCCGGUGUCCACUCUGUCGUCCAACCGCUCUCUGGAGAUGAAUGGCUACACGGCCGCACUCAGGGACCAGUACAUGGGCACGCCGGUGCCCUCGCACUACCCGUUCCUGCCGCACCUUUUCGGCUACACCGCCCAGUCGGGCCUGCUGCCUCCCCAGCCCCGCGGUCUCUACCCCCAGUCCCAGACCCUCAUCUCCCAGCUGGUGGCGGCUGAAGACCUGGCGCCCCUGGCCACCCCCAUGCUCAUCGAGGACGGGUACAAGGUGACGCAGGUGGAGCUGUUUGCGCUGCUCUGCCGGCUGGCGGAUGAGUUGCUCUUCCGCCAGAUCUCCUGGAUCAAGAAGCUGCCGUUCUUCUGCGAGCUCUCCAUCGAGGACUACACCUGCCUUCUCAGCUCCACCUGGCAGGAGCUCAUCCUGCUGUCCUGCCUCACCAUCUACAGCACGCAGAUCUUUGGGGACCUGGCUGACGUCACCUCCAAGUACACGCCCUCCGACGAGGAGCUGCAGGGGUUCAGUGAGGAUGGCAUGGAGGUGAUGGAGAGAUUGAUAUACCUGUUCCGCAAGUUCCACCAACUGAAGAUCAGCAACGAGGAGUAUGCCUGCAUGAAAGCCAUCAACUUCCUUAACCAAGAUAUCAGAGGGCUGACCAACGUGUCCCAGUUGGAACAGCUCAACAAGCGCUACUGGUAUGUGUGCCAGGACUACACAGAGUACAAGUAUCCCCACCAGCCCAAACGCUUCCCAGAAAUCAUGAUUUGUCUGCCGGAAAUCCGCUGCAUUGCAGGCAAGCUGGUGAACGUUCCCUUGGAACAGCUCCCCCUUCUGUUCAAAGCAGUCCUGCACUCCUGCAAGUCCAGCCUCAACAACUUCAGGGCUGGGAGUUCCCCAUGCGUAACCACGGGAACGGCCCCAGGGAACUGA